GGCGGCGGCGGCGGCGGCGGCGGCGCGGCGAAGCUGCCGAAUCCCCGGGGUUGGUGCGACAGCUGCGGCCAUGGCUCACGAAGGCUCGAGGCAGGAGAGACAGAUCCGGGACCGUGGGGCGACCCGAUCCAAGGCAGAAAAGGUGCGGCCUCCUACAGUGCAGGUGCCACAGGUGGACAUCGUACCUGGGCGGCUCACGGAGGCUGAAUGGUUGGCGCUCAUGGCUCUCCAGGAGGGAGAGGAUGUUGUAGGGGACAUCUUGGCUGAUCUGCUGGCCCGAGUCAUGGACUCUGCCUUCAAAGUCUACUUGACCCAGCAGUGCAUUCCAUUCACCAUUAGUCAGGCCCGGGAGGCCAUGCUGCAGAUCACUGAGUGGCGCUUCCUGGCCAGGGAUGAGGGGGAAUCAGCCGUGGUGGAGGACCCCAUGUGGCACGAGGACGAGGAGCCCUUGGCAUGCACUACGGAUGCCUGGGCUCAGGGAUCGGUGCCUGUGCUGCAUGCACCCACCUCCAUGGGGCUGGAGGAGACCUUCCAAGGCGAAGACCAAGGGAGCGUGGACCAGAUCUCCUUAGGAAGACCAUGGAUGGAGAGAGGCUCUCAGAAGCAGAUGGAAUCUUGGGAGCCUUCUCCAGAGCUGGGAGUCACUUCUGGCCCCCCGCCUACCCCAGAGCUGUUUCAGGAGACAGGGUCCGGGAGUCUUUUAGGGGACUCAGCUGUCCAGUCCAGAGACCACCAGGCUUUGGUGGAGUCCUUGAAUGUAAGCCGCCAACCAUUGGUGGAGAUGGCUCCUGAUGACAGUCCCCACGCUUCUCUGGAGCUGUCUCAGGUAGCCAGCACCCAGGUCUUGGCCCAGAGGGCACAGCCCCGCAGCUCGCAGUUGUCACUGGAGGGCCUCUAUUAUUGCACGUCCCAGCCACACGUAGCUGGGGACAGGCUGAAGCUCAAGAAGGAGGACGUGCCCCACAUCGACUCGGGCGUGUCGGUGGCCAGCCUCUCCGCCGGUGUCCCCACAACGCUCGGCCCCUCUGCCCAAUUAGAGCCACUGCAGCCUCGGUUCCCGGAUGUUCCCCUGAGCAAGCUUCCCUACAGGAUGGGCCGCAAGGCUGGGGCUCGUCUGGACCCCAUGCGCCUGCCAUGCCAUUGGGUGCGCCCGUUGGCCGAGGUUCUGGUUCCAGACUCGGAGGCACGAUCCCUGGAAGCCUACCGUGGGCGCCAGAGGGGUGCGAGGACCGAAGCUCCCGAGGCUCCUGCCAGGCCUCUAACACCAGGACCCCGUAUUGGUGUCUCCCCGAAAAUUUUCUUCUCUUUCCCACCUAGCGCUCCUUUCCGUGCCUUGGGCCCGGGCCCUGGCCUCCAAUCCCCCCCUUUUAGCUUAGGCCUACCAUCGCCAGGCUUUGGGUCAAAGUUGCCCUUUCCCAGACCUGGCCUUGGCUUUCUUGCCUCGCAUCCAGCCCUCCCUGAUCUGGCCCAGAGCCCCAGCCCCAAACUGUGGCCGGGUGCCAAAUGGCCCUGUGGCUGGGAGGGGGAGGCUGAGUUGCUGAGGGACAUGUGGGCCGGCCGCAGCCGCUUAGAUCCGCAGGGCCUGGAUCCCGGGGACCAGGAGGGUCAGGGUCCUCACAGGUGGCCACAUUCGGCACCCCAAGUCCUUGAGGCCACGUCGCAGGUGAUGUGGAAGCCCAUGUUGCUGCCAGACGCGAUGAAACUGGCUCCUGGUGUGAGCAUGUGGAACCCAAACACCCAGGUGCUCCUCAGAUCUGCAGUACCCCAGCAGGAGGACAAAGAAAGUGGCACGUCUCCUCCCGUUGAGCAGCACCCCAUCCCGACAGGUGCCCCAAAGCCUCAGGUGACCAUGAGACAACUAAUGAAGAACCCAACCCCCAAAGUGUGGUCAUUCCUCCCCAAGCACCUGCCCUAUUCUGGGCUGUGAAGCUCAGGCAGUACUUUCUGCUUGCCAGAAUAAACA